CUCAGACCACAGCUUACACCAACUCUCUUUUGUUGCACCCAAUGGCUCAUAGCAUUUUCUUCUCUCUUGCACUUUGCUUCCUUGUCUUGUGCCAUUGGUCUGUGGCCCAACAGCAGCAGCAACAGCAGCAGCCUUCGCAGCGCAGGUUCCGCCAACAGAGCGAGUGCCUAAUCCCGAGCAUGAGCGCGCUCGAACCCAACAGGCGGAUCGAGGCCGAAGCUGGUGUGACCGAGUACUGGGAUGAGAACCACGACCAGUUUGAUUGCGCUGGUGUCGCUGCUACUCGCCAUACUAUCCAGCCCAGAGGCCUUCUCUUGCCUUCUUUCGCCAAUGCACCACGUCUAAUCUACAUCGUCCAAGGCUUAGGUAUAACCGGUGCAAUCUUCCCUGGAUGCCCUGAGUCAUUCCAGAGCGUCCAACAGUCCCAACAAUCUGAAGAGAGCCGGAGCCAGCGAUUCAGGGACCAACAUCAGAAAAUCCGACACUUCCGAGAAGGAGACAUCGUGGCAUUGCCAGCUGGCGUGGCCCAUUGGUGCUACAAUGACGGCGAGACACCUGUUGUUGCUGUCUCUGUCUUGGAUACCAGCAGCUUCGCCAACCAGCUCGAUCAGAAUCUCAGGAGAUUCCACAUAGCUGGGACCGAGCUAUACGAGCAGCAACAGGAGAGCGAAUCGCUGCGGUCCAGACGCCAGGAGCAGGGUAGGAAACAAAACAUCUUUAGCGGCUUCGACGUGAAUACGUUGGCAGAGGCCUUCGGCGUGAGCAGAGAGACGGCGAGAAAGCUCCAGAACGAGGAUGACCAGAGGGGCAAUAUCGUCAACGUCGAAAAUGGGCUGCAGGUGGUGAGGCCACCAAGGAGAGAAGAGGAUGAAGAACAACAGCAAAGGAGUUUGAACGGCUUGGAAGAGACCGUUUGCAGCUCCAGACUGAUGGAGAACAUUGCGGACCCCACCCGUGCUGACGUAUACAACCCACAAGGUGGCCGCAUCAGCAGUCUCAAUAGCCAGAAGCUACCCGUCCUCAACUUUAUCCAAUUGAGUGCUGAAAGAGGAGUUCUUUACAGGAACGCGCUCAUGGCACCUCACUGGAACCUGAACGCCCACAGCGUGGUGUAUGCCACCCGGGGCAACGGUCGGAUCCAGAUCGUAGGCAACCACGGGCGGGCUGUCUUCGAUAGCGAGCUCCGAGAGGGUCAGAUGGUGGUCAUCCCGCAGGCGUUUGCUGUUGUGAAGCAGGCCGGUAAUGAAGGGUUUGAGUGGGUGGCCUUCAAGACCAACGAUAAUGCUAUGACUAGCCCGAUCGUUGGGAAGGCGUCGGCCAUCCGCGCCAUGCCGGAGGAUGUACUGAUGAAUUCGUUCAGGAUCUCUAGGGAGGAAGCGAGGAGGUUGAAGUACAACAGGGGGCAAGAGACUGUGGUGUUCGCACCAAGCUCUAGGACCCAAGGAAGAGCUGCUGCAUGAAGAGUUUGAGACGGGACGGGUCUCCUAAAGUCUUACUAUCUAUAUAAGUUUAUUACGGUUUUAUCUUCUUUAGUCAGAAAAUAAAGGUUUGAGUACGUGCAUGUGCAUGGAGGCUGGCUGUAAAAGAGGUACUAUCACUCUAUAAAUAAAGGUUUGAGUACGUGCAUGUUCAUGGAGGCUGGCUGUAAAAGUGGUGUUAUCACUCUAUAAAUAUAAUAUAUAUCCUUUCCUUUUUAAGUUAA